AUGCGCCUCGACCACACGCUCCUCCUCACGCUGGGCGUCACCGCCGCAUCGGCUAAGCGCCCGCCGGCAGUCCCCAAGAAUGCCGUGCUGCUCUCCGAAGUGCAGACGCUGACGCUGCGCGGCGGCGGCGCCAAGACGUCGCACCGCCGCGUCUCGUCCGUGCCGCAGCUCAAGUGCGUCUCGCCGCGCGCCCUCUGCGACCUGCACAGCAUCGACGUCAUGCGCUGCACCAACCAGGGCUCCUCGUACGGCGACGAGGACAUCGAGUGGAGCUGCGCCGCCUCGCUGCCGCCCGACCUCAAGCUCGGCGCCACCGACGUCGUCUGCGAGGGCUACGCAUCGUCCGACGACCCCUACGUUCUCAAGGGCAGCUGCGGCGUCGAGUACACCAUUGCGCUCACCGCACAGGGUGAGCGCCGCUACCCCGAGCUGGCCAGAGGAGGAUGGGGGACUCGACUGUUUGAUGACGGGCAGAGCGGCACCAACACAGCGGCGUGGCUGUUUGCCGUCAUAUUUUUGGGCGUCUUUGCCUGGAUUGCGUACUCGGCCUGUGUGGCUUCCGGUAAUAACAGAGGACAAGGCAACACUACCAGGCGAUACGGCGGCGGCGGCGGCGGCGGCGGCGGCGGCGGUGGUGGUGGUGAUGGCCCUGGAGGCGGCGGCUGGGGCCCCCGGAAUGAUCCGCCACCUCCUUACCCAGGAUCGAACAAUAACCAGAAGCCGUCCUCGAGCAGCAGCGGCGGUGGCCAGCAGCAGCAGGGCUGGCGGCCUGGUUUCUGGACGGGCCUCGCCGGCGGUGCGGCCGCCACCUACCUCACCAGCGGUCGAAACAGGGACAAUCAAAACCGCUACGGCUACGAACCCUGGGGCGCGAGCAACUACGGCUCCGGGUCCCGAUGGGGCGGCGGUGAUUCUCGGGCCGGUCCUUCGUCGUUUUCGAGCCGUGGCGGCGGCAGCAGCUCCAACGAGAGACGCGAGAGCACAGGUUUUGGUUCGACCAGGCGCAGAUGA